UAUACAUACCAUACACACUGGUCAAGACACCUUCUGCUAUCAAAAUCUUUGCAGGUUAGUUUAAAAUGGCAUUAGAAACCAUCUAACUGUGACAACUGUUGACAGUUGUCUGAUACUGCAAACGCUCAUUUGGAAUAAUUCAUGUUGCAGAUUCUCCUAACCACAGCAAUUUUAAAGAAAGAGCAUGGUAAAACGAAAGUGCAAAACUUAAUAUAGUGUGAAAUGUGUUUAAUUGUCUUUGAAGGAAAAUCUAAACCUUCAUUAAAUCUUUAAGGAGGCUCUUCUUGUGACAGCAGCAUUAGGUGUCAUGUGUCCCAAUGAGUGAGAGUGCAUCGAACAGUUUAAAUGGAUGUGGCGUACCGUCCUGCGGGUCAUCCAGAAUGCUUUUUGAUUGUUCCUUUAAACAUUGAUGGAAUUUAAAUAUGCUCUUCUGAGAGGCUAGAUUUGUUUUGCUUCAUGUAAGUUCUCAGAUCAUUUUAAUGUUGUGCUGUUUUUGUGCUUUGUAUUAAUUCCUUUGUCUUUCCUUUUUCUCUCUAAAAGAUUUAAACUGAACUUGAACUCAAAUCGACCGGAAAAUUGUUCCAGAUCAUUUAACUUACUAAUAUCAAUCGCACAGGUCACGUGUCGUUGCUAUGGCAAUAGGGAGUCAGUUACUGGAGAGCAGCUGCACACCUGUGCAGUAAUUUGUUAGACCACAGGUGCAAGGGAAAUAAUUCAGAGACUAAUAAAGAUCGGAAGGGCAGCAAAAUGCCAAAGAAAAGUGAUACAGCAAGAAAACUGGAAGAUGUGGGAAUAGAUAUUGAUGGAGAAGUGGAGAGUGCUGAAGAGGACAAAAAAGCAAAAGGCAAGGGUGCUAAAAAAACAACAGCCGGUAAACGGGGCAAAGCAGCCGCCAGUGAGGAUGGUGAGGAUGAAGAUGAGGAUGAUGAACCCCCCAGAGGUCGUCGAGCAACCAAUAAAAAGAAAGCUGCACAGGCAGAUGAGGAAGACAGUGAUGAUGAUUUUCCACAGAGGAGACGUGCCGGGAACAGGAGAAGAGGAAAAGUGCGAGAGAGUGGGGGAGAUGGGGAAAACGAGAAGUCCGGGAGAAAAAACAGGAGAGGUGGGAACAAAAAACAGAAAGAUGCUAAGGGAAAAGGAAAAGACAAGGACAAUGACAAAGACAGCGACAAAGAUGAAAAGAAGAAAAAGAACAGUAGUGGUGAUGAUUCCAAAUCAGAUGAAGAGGAGGAGUCCAUGUCUGAAGGAGAAAUGGCCAAACUGAUGGAGGAGGUGGAGGAGAAGAAAAAACUGAUAGCAAACAUCAGGAACAAGCCCUGGCGAAUGAAAAGACGACUUAAAGUCCUCAAAGAGGCUCAGCAGUUUGUGGAUAAAUUUGAAGGUGCUUUGGGCAAAGGGAAAGGCAGGAAGCUGUAUGCCUACAAAGUGAUGAUGAUGAAGAAAUGGAUAAAGUUUCAAAGAGAUUUUGAAAAUUUUAGGACAUCGUGCAUCCCAUGGGAGCGGAAAAUAAAGGAAGUAGAGAGUCACUUUGGCUCCUCAGUUGCUUCCUACUUUAUUUUCCUCCGUUGGAUGUACGGUAUGAAUUUGGUCCUUUUCGGCUUGACUUUUGGCCUGGUUGUGAUACCAGAGGUUCUCAUGGGACUUCCAUAUGGGUCCAUUCCACGGAAAACUGUUCCGAGAGCAGAGCAAGACACUGCUAUGGACUAUUCUGUUCUCACGGAUUUCAAUGGUUACUGCAAGUACUCAGUACUUUUCUAUGGCUACUAUAAUAACCAGAGAACCAUUGGCUUCCUGAAGUUUCGUCUCCCUCUGUCCUACCUCAUGGUGGGCAUUGGGACCUUCGGGUAUAGCCUCAUGGUUGUGAUCCGAACGAUGGCUAAAAACGCAGAUGUGGGGGGAGGGGACGGAGAAGACAGUGAGUUCACCUUUGCCUGGAAGAUGUUCACCAGCUGGGAUUAUCUUAUUGGGAACGCGGAGACAGCCGACAAUAAAUAUGCCUCCAUCACCACCAGCUUCAAAGAGUCAAUUGUGGAUGAGCAGGAGAACCAAAAGGAUGAGAACAUUCAUCUGAGGAGAUUCUUACGUGUCCUAGCCAACUUUCUCAUCACCUGUACACUGGGUGGAAGUGGCUAUCUCAUCUACUUUGUGGUCAAACGAUCCCAAGAGUUUGCAAACAUGGACAACCUCUCAUGGUACGAGAAAAAUGAGAUGGAGAUCAUCAUGUCUUUGCUGGGGCUGGUGGGUCCAAUGCUCUUUGAGACUAUCGCAGAGCUGGAAGAAUACCAUCCACGUAUCGCUCUCAAGUGGCAGCUGGGACGUAUAUUUGCACUCUUCCUUGGCAACCUCUACACAUUUUUGCUUGCUCUGUUCGAUGAGGUCAAUUCGAAACUUGAAGAGGAGGAGUCUAUAAAAAAUGCCAGCAUUUGGUUCGUUAAGGAGUAUUAUGCCAACUUCUCAGCCAACAACCCAAAUUACACAGGCACUCCACCUCCUAUUGAUCCCGCUGAUGUCAUCAGAGGCCCAUGCUGGGAAACUGCAGUGGGCUUAGAGUUUGUGAAGCUGACCAUAUCAGAUAUACAGGUGACUUAUCUGACCAUCCUCAUCGGUGACUUCCUGAGAGCGCUGAUUGUACGUUUCCUGAACUACUGCUGGUGCUGGGAUCUGGAGGCUGGCUGGCCUUCCUAUGGUGAAUUUGACAUAAGCGGCAAUGUGCUGGGAUUGGUAUUUAACCAAGGAAUGAUCUGGAUGGGGGCGUUCUAUGCUCCUGGUCUGGUGGGCAUCAAUGUUCUGCGGCUCCUGAGCUCUAUGUACUACCAGUGCUGGGCUGUAAUGGCCUGUAACGUCCCACACGAGAGGGUCUUUAAAGCUUCCAAAUCCAAUAACUUCUACAUGGGCCUGUUACUACUCAUCCUCUUUCUGAGUCUCCUGCCUGUGGUUUACACCAUUAUGUCUUUGCCUCCCUCCUUUGACUGUGGACCCUUCAGUGGGAAGGCAAAAAUGAUUGACAUCAUUAUGGAGACCAUUGAUCUGGAUCUACCUGCGUUUAUGGGGACGAUUUUCGGCUACCUAGCAAACCCUGGACUCAUUAUAGCAGCAGUGCUUCUCAUGGUUCUGGCCAUUUACUAUCUGAAUUCAGUGUCACAGGCCUACCAGAACGCCAACUUGGAAUUAAAAAAGAAAAUGCAGAUGGCAAGAGAUGAGGAGAAGAACAGACGGAACAACAAAGACAGCACUAACCAGGUAAUGAAGGACCUGGAGGAUCUACUUCCCAAAAACUCACAGAUGUCCCAUGCCCCUCCGGAGAAUAAAGCAGAUAAAAGGCAUGACCAAGGUGGAAAAUCUCCAAAAGUGAAACCAGGCACAGCUGGAAGUGACGUGCGGCUGCAGAAAGAUGUGUCACUUGCGUCAGCCAAUCCUAAUGCCCGGGGGCCUGUGACUCGAGCACCAGGCCCCAGGAGACCUGGACCUCUACCUGGUCAACCUGGGGCAGGCAGGGGUCAAGGGCCACCCCCUAGACGCUAAUGUGUGAUCUAUUCAUUAUUGUGUGCCCUCCCCAUAUAUACAUUUUAAAAUGAAUGUAAUCAUUGGUUGUUUUUCCAGAGAAAGAAUAUUUUAAAAUGAUUACAUUAUUUGCUGCUAGACACUUCUGCAGAAAUUUGUAAAUGCUAAAGUAUCCUUGUAAAUUGCAUGUAUCAUAUACAUACAGUGGCCCCAAAAAGAAUCUGGACACUCAGUCACAUCUAAAAAUGUUAGAAUGCAAUUAGCAAUUAGCAUCUUCAAACAGAUACCAAAACUUUUCUUAAAACUAACUUCUUCCCUACGUUCACAGAACAAUUUUUUGCAGUGACUUUUAACCAACUGAGUGAUUUUCAACAAAGUCAGUUUAUCGGGUGUCGUUCAUCAUAUUAAUUAUAAGCAUAUUCCGCUAACAUUGGACAUCUAAAAGUGUCCAAAUACCUUUUGUCUUCAUUUUGAACAGUAUACCGGUUGUUUUAUCAUUAAAAAAAAAAAAAAAAGAAAGAAAUUGUGAAACGUUUUGUUUGUUAAGUGUGUUCUAGCAGUUUUCUUUUAAAAUAAGGCUUGCUUUGUGAUUUUUUUUUUUUAUGUCUAGUGCAGUGACAUCCAUACAUUUUUAAGUGUGUCUUAAGUGUAUAAAUACUCUUUGGGGCUGCUGUAUGUGAGAUGUGUCGUGAAAAUUCAAAUAAUCCAAACAACUUCCAGUUGUUCUAUACAUUAUACACUCUAUACAUACACAAGUGUACGCUGGUCUGAUACAGGAUCAUUAAUACUAACUCUGAGUCUUACAGCAUUAUCCUGAGGGCUACUCUAUAGUCUUCCAACACUAUUACUGUCCCUGCUGUGGUCCUCUGAGAGUAGAAUCUUUAGUGCUUCUAUUCAGCAUAUACCAGCAUAUACCAGACACGACUCCCAAGUUGCAGGAAUUAAGUUUUAUUCACUGCUGGGUGCUCACUGCUCACAACAACCUUGAGAGUCUCCUUGAACAGAAAGGGACAUUAUAUCUUACAGUUGAGUAGAAAUCAGUGUCACUCAAGUCUUCUUCUCUGUAAUUGGUUAUACUGUUCCUGUGAUUGUUUUGUAAUGAGCUAAUCAUAUGGCUGAUAGUUAUACUGUGUUAAGCAUUUUUUUGGGUAAGAUUCUUUGAUCAUGUGAUGUAUACAUGGUCUUUGACCUGAGCAUCCUUAGUCUGCACUUUUCCGCACAUUCCAUGUUAAAAUACCCUUUUGACCAAUUCUGAGGCCAUUACGUAAAACAUUACCAUCACAGAUGUAAUGCAUAUAGAUUAAACUACUACAUAUACCUGUUGAAUAACUGAACUACAGUUACAAUGCAUUUUCAGAUUUCUAUUCCGUUUUG